AUGGACAGUGAACAUCAUCCCAGUUUGCCUGGGAUAUUCAUGGUUUAUGCCUGUGGUUCUAGUGGCAUGCUCAGGACCAGGGUUCUGAACAAGCAGGAAAAGAGAAAGCAAAAGGAAUAUUUUGAAAAGAAAAGGUUCAAAUCAAAAAUGAAAUUACUGGGAGUUUUAUCCCCUGUCAAAAAUUCCACUGUCAGUUUAGACCUUCUUAACCUAUAUGUGGUAAAUCAGAUCUCUUGCCAGAAGAGAACACUUGAAACUGUGAGAAAACCAAUCCAUGUGGACAUGAAUAGAGGCAUAAAAAUGCCUCUAAGAAAGCAUGACUUAGAACUUCCAAUGUCGCCUCCCUCAGUACCAUCUAACCUCUGCAUUGAUGAUUUAGAAAGCAAUAUACACUAUCAGAGACUAGGCAGCAAGGAAGAACUGGGCCCAGUUCAGUCUUUACAAGUCAUGGACUCACAUAGAAUUUUCCAACCUCAGUUCAAAAGAAUACAAAACUUCAGUUUCACUCCAUCAUCUGUUUCAGCAGAAUUAUCUUAUAACAGACAUAUUAAAAAAACAAAUGUCAUCCCCAGAAUAGCAUCUGGUCCUCAGAAAGUUGCAUAUGAAAAAAAGCUGAAUGAGCAGAUAUCUUUGAAUCAUUAGUUCUUACUCCGUAAUGUUAAUUAUUCUAAUUCCUUGAUUUCCAAAUUAAAUGAAAGUCAAGAUGCUCUCAGUCCAUCAUGUAAAACAGCACAAUUUGGAACAUUAUUUGAAACAUUAAACAGUCCAGGAAAUAGGAAAUUCCUCACUGGGAGACCGGCUGCAGUUAUGAGUGAAGAUUGUGGAAGCAUGGAUGAGAGAAGACACUCAGACUUCAUUACUGAAAAACAAUCAAUGCAACAUAUUUGGGGGAAAAAUAGCAAAGAGGUUUCAAAUUUUUUUGAAGAUGUGAACCAGCCAAACUCCAGUUUUCUACCAGAGAAUUUUGACUCUUUUAUUAAUGAAAAUGUGAUCAAUUUAUUAAGUAUAGAUCAACAGAGGAUAACAAAACCAUUUGACAAGUGUGGUUAUGACAGUGUGGGAGAUAUUUUUGCAGACACCAGUUCUGAUAAAAACCAUUUCUCUGACAGAUGCAUUAGAAGUACUUUUACAGAUCCAGAGUUGAAUUUUAGUAGUUUUAACUUUAAUAAAACUAAUUAUCCAGAAAAGUGUCAGACAAAGAAGUAUCAGAAAGAGUACAAUAAUAAUGAAGGAAAUAAUCCUAGUACAUCUUUUGGGAAAUAUUGUUCCCCAGCCAGCUCUGAAAAGAAAGGAAAAUUUGAAAGGAACUACCAAGAGAAGAAACCACAGAUAGAAAUCCAGGAAUAUCCAGUGGACAAUAUGAGUACUAUCACUUUGGAGGAAUUGCAUUCUAAGAAAUCAUGGGACUUUGGACUUGGUAAGAAUCUGAUGGAAGGAGGAACUUGUUCUAUAAAAGGCACACCAACAUUUACAAAGAAAAUAUACCUUGAUUCUUCACAGAGUAGUCACUCUUCCAGUUACUCUCCAAGGCCAACCGAUAGUUGUUUCAGUUCUACUUCAGAGAUGCCAUCUGAAGAUGAAGAUCAAACAUCACACCAAAUUGAAGAUUCAAGUAGGAGAUGCAUCAAAACUGAAGAAACAACUAAUAAUUUUUAUUUAGAAAGGUUGGCAGAAUUUCCAUGUGAUAAGAUUGUUAAAAACACUGCUAAAAUUCAUAAACAAAAAGAGAGUUUUCACCAGGUCUCAGUGAAAAAUAGCACAGAUCAGUUUGCCCAGUCUCAGUGUAAUUCAACACACGUGUUACGAAACCAAACCAGCAAUAGCUGCAUUCUACAGUCUGUAAGAUGUGAUGCGUGGGUACAAACAGAGAGUGAAUUUGUAAUGAAAGAAAGAUUAGAUGCUGCCAUACAGUGUGAUAUAAUUUCAGAAUGUAAAUGUAGAAAUGAUGUGACUUCUCUUUGUAAUGUUGAAAGCUGCAGUGAUAAUAUUAAGGCAGAUACCACUGGAGGGCAGGAAAUCCUCAGGAACAACGAAAACUCUCAAAUCUCUGCCUGA